UCCAUGUAUACGGGCCUGCAAUGCUGAAUGUAAGCGUCUUUUUGAUGUGACUCGAAAUGCGAAUUAAAUUGUGUUUUCAGAACGUAUACAAUAGGCAGGCAGAAGCCGCAUGAGUGAAAGGGUAAUGACGCGCAGAGGAGGUGAUCAUCACAGUGUUUUUUUAACAAAUGGCUCUAUCCGAGGUGCACGAUGUAGCUACGAUUAUUAGCAACAAUUGUUUCAGUGUUGACAAGAUGAAUUUGGAAGAUGAGGACAAUCAAGAUCUAAACAAUUCCAUGGUCAAUGAUUUAGUUUCCAAAAUUCUUGAUGAUGACUCUACUAUCGUUGAUCAUACUUAUAACAAUAGUUAUAAUAGCAAUUUUCCGUUUUUAUCAUUAUCUCAUUUUUGCAACGCCGAUAGAAUGGAGGAUAAUUUAAAAAUUCCCCAAAAUGAUACAAUUGAUUGUAAUGAUCAUUAUCCACUGAACAAAUUGAUGAACAAUAGUUGUAAUUCAAAUAUAAUUGAUCAAAAUUCUAGUAAUCUUUGUCAAGAGUUAAGAACAUUAAGUCUGAAUGGAUGUAUGGAACAACCUGUUAUAUCAGCAGAUCAAGGAAAUUUAUAUAGUAGUGGAAUAAUUAGAAGUGGAUAUAAUAGUAAUUCUCAUCAGUAUGCUGCACACUCUACCAAUGAAAGUUGCUGUAGUAUAACUAAUCCACCAGUUUGUAACACUUUAUUGACAACAGCAGAUGAAAUAAAUUAUUCAAAACAGUCUUCUAGUUGGCCAGAAACUUUAAUGACUCCAGUAACUACACAAGAUACGCUCACAAAUUAUCAACGGAUCCGAACAUCCAUUGAUUCAGAUUUAAAUUUUAAUGAUGCUUUACAUUUAGCCUCAGAAUCACCAAAUUUGACUGUUAUGAAUGAAGCAGUAUAUUAUAAUAGUUUUAGAUCAAGUGCACCUUUAAAUUUACGUGAUAAUCCUACAGUUGCGACUCAUGAUUUGUACAAUAUGACUGGAAAUAAUCAAACUUAUAGACCAAACUCAACAAUGAUAAAUCUUAGUACGGAUGCUUCUUUUGGAACAAGUUCUUCACUGCAGCAUUUCACUUCUAGUGAUAUAACUCUGCAGAAUUGUUUUGGAAAUAAUACUCAACACAAUGGUAUUGCAGAGUACAAAGAUUUAUACGAACCUAUUAGAUUAAGUACUGGAAAUGUUACUAUGAAUAAUGAACAGGUUUGCUUAUUACAUCAGCAAACAUCUAAUUAUCAAAUAGAUCGAUCUGUGGACCAAAACCAUAAGCAUCCAAUUGACUGUUUUCCUUGUACUAAUGAAUGUGCUGUGCCAUCUAUUAAUGAUUUAGACACAAAUGAGAAUAUUUGCAUUAAUAGCAAUUAUGAUCAUAGAACUGAUAAUAAUUUAUUAAAGAUUAUAAAUACUAAGCCAAAGACUAUUGAAACAAAAAUGUACUCCUCUAUCGGUUUUCCAAAAAAUAUAAGCCCGCGAGAUGAAAAUGAGGCAAUAGUUAAAUAUGAUUAUCAUAAUUAUCAACAUAAUGUUACAAAGAAUGUGGAGAACUUGAAAACACUUUCGCAAAACUUUACGCCGUAUCACAAGGAUUUAAAGCAAUCUCAUACUAAUCCUGCAUAUAAAAUGCAAUCCUGUGGUUCAUCUGAUAAAGCAGCUUUUACAUCAAGAAAUCGUUUGACCAAUAAGAUUAAUGAAUCUGCUCUUGGAAGAGAUGUUUUCAAUUAUGUCAUAAAACAACAUCAAAUGCCAAGUGUUCAAAAUAUAUCUAGUAUUCCACCACCUGAUAUAAUGUUUAAUUCAACUUUAAUACCAAACAUGACUGCUGGAAGACCUGGACUAUUCUCUCCAAUGAUGCCAGUUCCUGUUCCGCUUCCUAUUCCACCUAUUUACUCAAUGUUAUACGGUGGAGGACUCAAUCUUAAAGGCAGUAAUACUAUAGCAAGACGCACAGGUCCAUCAAGUAUAUUGCAUCUUAGAUUAGAACAAACUUAUGAACAAUUUAAACAAUUAGAAAAAGAAAGGAAGAAAUGUGAGGCUGGAUUAGCUGCACAGUUUCCUGGAAAAAGAGUAACCAGUGCAAAUAAUAUACCUAUUCCACGGCUUCAAGGAAAUCCAUCAAGAGUAGAUCGAUUAAUUAUUGAUUACCUACGAGAACAUGCCCGGGUGAUCACAUUAAUAGCAAAAAUGGAGUGCUUACGUGGAAGUUCAAUGAAUCAACGUAUACACAAGGCAAUGCAGUAUUGGCUAGAAGCAAUCAAAUUUGUUCAAGACUGUCGAAAGCAGGAGAUCGCAAAUGCUACCAAACGUCAAAAAGAAAAUCCUCAUUGCAUUCUCGUGUAUAAUGAUAAUGAUAUAUUAACUCUGGCCAACAGUGUUCAUGAAUUGACAAAGGCAUCUCGUUAUGCAAGAAGCGGUAUGUACAAUGCAAUGCAAGCCACGUUGCUGUGCGAUUUGGAUUUAGAGAAGAAAAUCGUUGAGACUUCUGAUGAUCCAGUCCUUGUGAUAAAGCGUAUUGAAAAUCAGAAAACUCUUGGAAUCAGCAACCUUUCUAAUAAUAAUUAAAAAGUUCAUGAAAAUUCUUGCUUGUACAUUGGUUGAUAACAGCUUUUUAUGUAUUUGGCGUUCACAAACAUUUUUCAGUGGCUUUUAGAAAUGUUUUCUAUAAUCUUCUCUUUAAAACUUAGAAUGGCACUACAUACAAAAGCUACUUGGAGAGAGUUACGUGUGUUAGCUUAAAUGAGAAAAUAUUUCCACUUUUAUUAGUUCACUUCUGUGAAAGCUAAGUCUACUAACUUUUUACAAGUCAUUUGUAUAACUCCAUAGUUUUCUAAUAUGUAUUCAAUAUUUAAAAUCUUAUAAUCUAAAGGGUGUUUAUGGGGUAUUUUGAUGUGCACAAUUUAUGGUUCGAGUGUACAUCACAUAAUUGUAUGUAAACUUUGCUUAUUUGAUGGUACUAUAGAAAGCAAAAUGAUAAAAUGCCAAUUUUCUUUAUUCAUCAUAGCUGAGACCAUGUAUUUAUUUUCUAAAUUUAUCGAAUUUCUUAAUUCAUACAAAAAAAUUUUUCCUAUGAAAGCAUCUGAAAUGAUCAUUAAUUGACUGUUUCUCAGUUGCGCCAUGGGAUAAAUAAUCUAGGCUACAUUUUAUCGAUAUUGAUUUAGAUAAUAGGAAAUAAUAUUUUAGACUAGUUCAAUGUGGCCUUCCUUAAAUAUAUGACCCAGAUGUGUGUCAAGUAGACAAUUCCUUCGAAACUUUAGGCGAUAUUAUAUAUUCUCCAAUACUUUAAAAGAUUAAUAAUUGUAAAGGUGCAAUCGGAUUCAUUUCGAUAUAUGCAACAUUUUUGUUGUCUUUAAUAUAUAAUUAAAAUGCUAACUAUUGUACUAUGUACAUUAUUCACUGCAGUACAUAUACUUAAGACACAUUGGUUGCAUAUAAGAUUAAUGCGCAAAUUAGGUACAGAGUAUUCACCGAUGAACGCACAAUCACAUAACAUUUAUGUACACAUGCUAAACUUUUCAUAUAUCGUCCAUUUACACAUAUCUGUGUGCAUAGAUGUAACAUAAUCUCGUGAGUGUGCAUAAUAACAACGACAUGAUAUUUCUAACAAACAGAGAUAUCUUAGUAAAUUAGUAAUAUAGUAAUUAUAGUACAUUGAAGAGAAAAAUAUAUAUAUACAAUAGCGACACAUUGUGUUGGCUUCUUUGAUGCCAGUUGUUGGGUCUGUGUGAUCUUAAAACUGCCUCGAGCAUCUGAUUGGUGUUAUAAGAAUACUUGAAUAAUUUAAUUGAAACAUUGUACUUGGUAAUGCUAUGAACAAGAUAUUUAAAUGACCUAACCACUGCUGCCUAAUAUAGUAUAAAGCAUAUUACAUACAUUAACAAAAUAGGGUUUGUGAGAUAAUAACGACAGUUUUAGAUAUAUCAUUCUUUUAUGGAUAAUAGAUGUAGUACAAUUACUUGCAAAAUGUAAUAGAUUUAUAGUAAUGUGUAUGCUUUGUUUUGUUCUGUGAGGUAUUUAGUACAAGGAUUUUAGAAAUAGAGUAAAAUUUUCUUCUUUAAGAGCACACUUUUUGAAAGAUAUUAUAUAUGUAGUUUAGAAAUGUUUAAAUAUAUCCUCUUUAAGGAUUUAGUGUGGGAUAUUAACACGUUUUGAAAAAUAAUGAAUACGUAUUUGUAAUUCAGGAAUUUUCUGCAUUUACUCCAUCUUUAAGAAUAAGAGAAGAAUUCCUUAGAUCUCCUAGAACAUUAGAAUGUAGAAUGGAUUUUUUUUUCAAAGUUAUAGAAGAUAGGUUCAUAUCUUCUUUCUACUAAUAUCACAUCCGCCCACUAUGAAAUGCAGAUUCACUCAGAUACGACAUUGAAAUAUGGAAGCCUAGGCAUGCUUUAAAUCACUAUUAUCCGUGUCGCUACUGUAUAUCAUUUUACAUCAUGACUUUAGGAAAGUAUAAAUUUAAUCGAUUAUGUUAUAAUGCUUCAUGAAAGCAAUUGUUUUUCACGUUAUAUAUUAUUAUCAGUUUUACCUCGUGUUAAGUGACCAUUAGUAUUCAAGACUUUAUAUCUCUUAGCAAACUCGCUACGCUUAUUCGUGGUUAACUUUAACCAGGGAUGUGAGGUCAAUAGGAUUUCACUGCCCAAACAUAUUUAUGCACAAAUUAAAAAAAUUAUAAUUGAAAAAUGGAAGUUUAUGUUAAAUUGAUAAAUCUUACAUUUAUUUUAUUUAGAUUUCCUAUGGCCUCAUAAUUCUAGCUAAUCGCACACAAACGGCAAUGCUAUUUUUGUACAACUAUGUUUAACAAUUUUAUGAAUAUCUAAAUGUUGGGGCCAAUCAGAUUGUAUUUCUGUAAAAGCUAAUUACCACAUCCCCAGUUAAGGUUUAAUCUGUAUAAGAAAAUACUUAUCAUUCGGGAGCAUGCAUUAUUUGUGUAUUUGUAUAUAAUUGCAAGGAUUUCUAAAGCAAUUGUAAAAAAAAAAUAUGUCGAUAGAUAUGUCUUCGGUAGUGCGUAUAGUAUGAUUGAGUGGUCGUUCCAAAUGUUGAAAGUUGUGUUUUAGUUUUUCAAAUAUAUAUAAUCAGGGAUCUUCUUUUAUUAAUUUAUAUUAAUAUUUCUUAUAAUAUGACCUUAUAUAUAUAUAUACAUAUAUAUAUAUAUAUAUAUAUAUAUAUAUAUAUAUAUGUAUAUAUAUAUAUCGUAAUUGCUGGUUGUUCAUCCCUUGUCCAAGAAAUACUUGUAAACGUGUCAAUUUUGACAUUAACUCUGGUAAAAACGUUGCAAUACUACAAUAUUAGACUGUACCGCAUUAGUUUACGUGAUAAUAUAUUGCGCAUUAUAUAAUAUUACCUCAAAAGUUGCCAUGAAACAAGUCUUCUUUUCAGUGUAAGCUAUCAUGGUGGACAUGAGUUGAACAUCCAGUAUGUUAACACAUGUGAUAAUGUUAAAUAAUUUAUGCUCUACGUUAAUUCAAACUAACUGGAAAUAAUGAAAAAGUAGUGAAUAAUUAAACAUUAAAUUGAAUACCAAUCGUGAUAGGAAACGCGCGCAAAUAUGUGCGAAUCAUAAUUAUUAUAAAAUUAUUGAUACUUUCGAUUGAUGUGUGUUUGUUUCUUUUUCUAUUUCUUUUUUUUCUUUUUUUUUCUUUUUUUUUUUUCUUCAGUUUAUUAUACGAAGUUAACAUUGUAAAAAAAACACAGGUCUAUAUAAAUUUUACAAUUUUUGGUAAAUUUAUUGUUUUCCUAUAUAUUUGUUUAUAUUUAUUUCAAUACAAAAAAAAGAAAAAGGUAACAUUUAAUUAAAAAAUAAGGCGCACGCAUUUCUCUAAAGCAUAUUACAUACGUGCUUGUAAGAAUCACAAUAUUGCAUUAUACAUUUGUAUGGCGAUUGAUUCCAUUAUUGUCAUACUAACGGUUGCUUUUCUUAUCUAUUUUACGACAUAAGUACAUACAUAUGUAUGUUAUAAGGUUUAUGGUAUCAAGAGAAAGAAAAAAAAAAAAAGAAAAACAGAGAGAGAAAAAAAGAAAUGUUAUGCAAUAUAUAGUAUUUAUCUCACCAGAUCUCUUUCACAAUAUAAAUAGGCAUUAAAGUUUAUUGUAUUUACGGGACAAGGAUAAUAUAUACAAGGAAAAAUAUGAGCCUAUGAUUAUGAAAAUUGUUUAAGUCGUAUAGGUUUUUUAUUUUGAGAUAUUUUCACAUUUCGAUUUGAAUUUUUUAAAAAUUAUUUUUAUUUAUUUAUUUUCUUCUUUUUUUUUUUUAUAAUGACAAGCACAGAAAAAGUAAGUAUAUUUAUUUUUGAAAAGAAAAAAAAAAAAAAAAGAAAAAAAUAAUUCUCUUUUAUCCAAUGUAAUAUAAUUUUAAGUAUAGCGCAUGUACGAGCGACAAAAUAUGCCCUUUUAAUAUCUCAAAUGACUUAUUGUACUUUCAUAAUCACCUGCUCAUAUAAGGACGCACACUCCACGGGCACGGCUUUCGUUCCGUUGUUGAGUAGGACAAAAAGAUAUUAAUAAUAUCGCGUAUUCAUUUUUGAUACGAUAUAUUCAUCGAUGAUAAAGGAUCGUCUCUCUUUCGUUGAUCAAAGAGAGGGAGAGGAAAAAAAACUCCAUAUAAUAAGGUGCCUACGAUAAACGGAAAUGUCUAAAUGUGCGAUUUAAAAUUUACGUCCUUUUCCAACAAAAAAAAAAAAAGAAAAAGAAGAAAGAAAAAAAACAAAGAAAGAAAGAAAGAAAGAAAGAAAGAAAGAAAGAUAAAUUCUAUUCACGGUUCUGAUUAGAGACAAUUUAUCGAUCGAAUGCACGAAAAUCUUCAUGGGAAUUAUUUUAAACAUAAAUUAUUCGCCGUUAUCUUAGCGAACGUAUAAUCUAUAUUUCUCGGCCUAUUUUUCUAGAUAUAAUAAUCAUGAACGAAGAAAGUUAAAUCGCGAUCUAUGAAAUCGACGUUUCAUCCUUGUUAUUAUUCUCUUUUCUUUUUAGCGCGUAUUCGUAAUUUCGUAGUUGAAUUUUCUCAAGAAAUGUUCUUUCUCGUACAUAAUUAAUUGAAACGAUUCGCGAUCGGUGAAAAGGGCGGAUAGGGGAGGGGGAAUCAAUGGAAAGAAACGUGCAUAUCCUAUGAAAAGAUAUUGAAAAAGUAAAAAGAGAAACGUUAAUAUAAUAUCUGAAAACGAAAGUAUAGCCUUAGGGAAAUACAUGCAUUCAUACAUACAUAUAUACAUACAUAUAUACGUACAUCCAUACAUACAUACAUACAUAAAUUAUAUAUGUACGUAUGUAUAUAUAGAAAUACACACAAUUAUAUAAUAGAUACUCGUUGGAUGGAAGAAACUAUAUCGAAAGUUCGUAAAUGAUAACAGAGAGAGAAAGAGAGAGAGAGAGAGGGGGGAGUAACGAGAUAAAACGAUCAAAUAAUAUUAUUAUUAUUAAUAAUAAUAAUAAUAAUAAUAAUAAUAAUAAUAAUAAUAAUAAUAAUAAUAAUAAUAAUAAUAAUAAUAAUAAUAAUAAUAGUAAUAAUAAUUAUCAUUGGUGUAUGUAUUACAAUUGCGUAACAUUAAUAACGGUCGACAAGAAAAAGCAAAAAAAAAAAAAGAGAAAAAACAAAAACAAAGAAAGAAAACAAGAAUUAUAUUGUACCUAUAUACAUAUUACACAUUAUAUGGUGCUAGUUGUGACAUAAACAAAAAAGGCAGUGCUUUAAGAGAAGUUUCCUUCCGCGAUUGUCGUCGUCAUACAUUGUAACUGUGAUAUCUAUAAUGCCAAUUUGUAUAUAGCUAUGCAGUUCUUACGACAAAAGCUCGAAGAAAGUAGCUGGCAUAAUUGUAGUCAAUUUUCUUUUCUUCUUCUUUUUAUUUUAUUGUUGUUUGUUGUUGUUGUUGUUGUUGAUGAUGUUGCUGCUGUUGUUGUUGUUAUUGUUGUUUUCUUUUUUCCUUUUUCGUCUCUUCUUUUUCAUUUGGCAAAUAAUUUUAUUAAACUCCGUAUGUAUCCUUAUUUUAUUCGUGUGUGUGCAUCAUGAUGUGGGCAAGAGAGAAAAAAUCUGACGUUUGGUACAAAAGAAAAAAAAAAUAAAAAAAAAAGAAAAAAAAAAAGAAAGAAAACGUUUAUGUACAAUACAUUGUCGUACGUGGAUGGUCAAUUGCGUACUAUUAUAUGAAUUAUACUAUUCGUUUAUAGGAUUAAUAUUGUAAAGAUAUUUGUGCACUUCUAGCUCGAAUAGUGUUCUUUUCUUUUUACACGUACACGCACAGACACUUAACACACACACAUACACAUUUUCGUUAUUUUGUUUAUCGCAUAAUAUGCACAAAAGAGAAUAUUAUUGUGCACUUAACGUCAUUUUCAUUCCCACGAUAACAAAGGCUCUCUCGAAGAAGAAGAAGAAAAAGAUGAAGAAGAAGAUAAAAAAAAAGAAAAAGAAAAAGAAAGAGAGCCGAAUUAACGGGGAACAUAAUAACGAUGUUUCCAUAGAAAUGAUGCGUACUUUCCGCGAUAUAGGAUAUCAACCUCUCUCCUUCCUUCCCCUAUCCACUUAACCCUCCCGAUUUAUAGCCAAAAAUCAAUGUUUGUUAUCAGCUAUAUCUGUAGAAUUUUGUAAAUAGAACCUUCGAAUAUGUGACUGUUGUAUAAAUUUAGAUAAAAACGCAAAUUAAAAAAAAGGACAAAUCACGAACGAAUGUUUUAUCGAACGAAGCCAAUUCUGUGCAACGAAAAAUCUUAUACUCUGUUCGCACAUUUCAUGGGAUCGUUUGUUAUAGUUUGACAAUGAAUCUAUUGAUUGAAAAGAAUCAAAAUCUGUCAAUGACAUAAUUAACGCGAACAUAUGCGCUUAUAAUAUUAUUAUUAUUAUUAUCAUCGAUAUCUAAUGCCUUUUUAAGAUCAAUUUGUUCACAUUAAUUAUAUGUGAAAGUGCUCAUUAUAUUCGUUAUUCGCGCCUUCGAUCGAUCGGAUAAACGAAUGAAGUAUGUUAAAGUAUGAGCCUAAACCUUUAGAUAUUUCCUAGUAUAACGAUGUUAACUAUCUUAUGAACGACAUUAAACGCGUAUAUUAUUUCUCUGACACCGAUAAUAAAUUUAAGUAAGUUCUCGAUUUUCAUGUGCGUGUUGUAUCUUAUUUGUGAUGCUCUUAUGACUGGAAGAUAAUAUGUUUUAAGCUAUGGUAGUAAAAAACCAAAAAAAAAAAAAAAAUAGAAAAAAAAAAGAAAAACUAAAAGAAGAAGAAAAAUUAUAUGUAAAAAUUUAGCGUAUAAGCGAUAGAAAAUUUUUAUUAUGGACAUUCGUUCUAAGGCUGAAAAAAAGCUAUCUGCAUAAUUCAUAUUAGAUUAUAUUUUAUCGUAUUUUUUCAUGAAAUGAAUAUUUUGAAUUUAUUAUCGAAUGACGUCAUUCGAAUGGAUGUUUCUUAUUUGAAUCAUAUAAGUAUUUUAAAAUUUCUUACACUUUUAUAUAUCAUCGAAAGCUUAUUCGUUGUUUAAAACAUUUCUAAAUAAUCUACACACGAAGCUCAUCUUUUUAUAAUACUCAUAUUUGACAUUACAUGUAUCUACAUAUGCAUAUACAUAUUUUCUACUUUUUUUUUUUUUUUUACUUAACACGUUCGUUUUAAUUCAUCGCAUUCUCGUUAAAGGACCAGAGCUCACAUUUCACAAUAAAUAAAAAAUAUUUACGAUGAAAAUUAAAUAAAUAUAACAGUUUAUAAUCGUAUCCUAAUAUAUUUGAGAUGUUUAUAAUGUUUAGUAGGCUUCUUGAAUAUAUUUAUUAUGUUUGUACGUAAGUUAUUUCCAAAAAUAUUUCUAUAUUAAGUCGAAUAAAAUAUGAUUGAUAGAAAGUACAAUAACAUGGUUUGUACGAAUUUUUCAAUGGAAUAAUGGCGAACGUGUUAAAGUGAAAAUCAAUCGAUAGAAUAAACGAACAGGAGAUAAACCAUUUCGUGAAUAUAGAAAUGGGAUGAACGUUUUUUCCGGAUAGCUUCGGCCUUAGACGAUAAACGAAUUUACUGCUUUUCGUGGGAGAUACUGUAUGUAAAAACCGAACUAAUUAAACGUAUUCUGAAAUGUUUUAACGUGUUAAAAGAAAAUGUAUAAAUAAUAAUUGUAGACCUUCGUAAAACACGAAAUUGUCGUCGAAUCGUCAUGAAGAGAGUAAACGUAUGAUGCGUACGUACAAAAAAAAAAAAAA